AAAAAAAUACUCUUACCUAAAAAAAAAAUUCCAAUAUUUAUAAACACCGUUUAAUAUAUACAAAAAUAAUAAAAUUUUAACAUACACUGUUUAUGGAGUUUGUUGGGAUCUUCCUUGAGAACCUCUUUCCGUAGUGAAAAUCGCUUGGAGUUCGUCGUUGCUGUUGUUUCAUUUGCUGUCUCUGUUGAAUUCAGAUAGCAAUAGUCUUGAUUUUUGGAUGUUUCUACUUUGAAAGAAGCUCAAAGCAUGGACUUGCAACGUCAAAAUUCAUCAUCUGAUGACCAGCAUUUUUUGCUUAAAUUCAUCAUGGGUAUGUACUUAGGACCUGAUGUAACUUUUGAUAACCCGAGAAGAUGUGCAUUUCAAAGAGUAUCUGAAGAUUCUCCACCAUAUACAUCAAGUGAUUUGGGUUCAUCAUAUGUUAGUAUAGCUUUGCUGGAGAAUUUAUAUUACUAUCUCUUAAGAAAAGCUCACCCUAGCCUGAGAUUGAAGCCAAAUAUGUUGCAUAAGUAUCUAAAGGGCAUUGAAGAGAGCUGGCAGUUCACAAGACUUUUUCCUUUGGAUCUUCAUGAACAGAUGUGGUAUCCUGCUAGCUUUAGGAUUGUGAAAGGGAUCGUUCUUAUUGAUGAUCCUAAUAUAUCAAGCUUGGAAGAAAAUGAUUUAAUAAAGUUUAAGUCUUUAUCUUGUAUAAGUGCUUUCAAGAUAGAAAUGGACGAGUUACUUCAUUAUGAACAUGAGUACCAACCCCGAAGUAACAGUGAGAAAAAUUGCAUGAAUGGUAAGGAGACAAUCAUGGGAGGCAGUUCCAGUGGGGGUGAUUAUUUGUCUCUAAGAUCUCAACAUAAACUUAAGAGAAGGCGGGAAUGUGACCUCCCUCCAAUGCCUCCAUUUCCACACUUUGUUCCCAUGGAAAAAUAUCAUAGCCAAGAAGGAGAUUUCCAAAGGUCAUGUAUAUUUGAUGGACAAGCCAUCAUGUCCAUUCGCCCUCUCCCUGAUUUGGAGAAAUGUACCUCAGAACCAGGUGCAUCUAUUGUUAUAUCUGGGACUGCUAGAAAAGGAAAAGGCGGGCCACCAGUUGGAGUUGUGGAUGUUGGUGUUAGCAAAGAUGCAUAUUAUUUUCGAGUUGCUCUGCCAGGAGUCAGGAAGGACUACUUGUAUGAUUUCGUUGUGGCAGGUAACUUUAGCUGUGAGAUUGAAUCUGAUGGGAAAGUUCAUGUUCGGGGAACGAUGAGUGGAGGAAAAAGUAUAAAGAAACCUCUGCGCAUAUUCGAGAUGAAGUUCCAACAAUUGUGCCCACCUGGACCAUUCACGCUGUCUUUCAGUCUUCCGGGACCUGUAGAUCCCAGGCUCUUUGCUCCUAACUUCAGAUCAGAUGGCAUUUUUGAAGGAGUAAUCAUACAUCACACAACAAAGUGAUACUGAUGUUACUCCUAGAAUGACAAUCCAACAGAGACGUAUAAGUUUCUUGAGGCAUUGUUUUUUGAAUAGGAAUUGAACAACUUUUGUAUAUAUGGAUUGCCUCAUCAUGUGAUGACCUUGUCUGUCUUUUGACUUCCUUGUGGUAGUUAAGGCUGCAAUGUCCUUUGUAACUGUCUUAGUGAACUUUGGACUGACAUGAUGAGAAAAUUGAAGAGGAGAGAAUGUAUGUUUGUUUGUAGAUUGGGGCACAAAGCAAUUUAUAGAGGGUUUUUUAGUUGGUGCA